UUAAAAAAGAGGAAAUGGCUAUUCUACCAUUAUUCCAACAAUCAUGGCAAGAGUUAUACAAAAUAACCUUUAUUCCCCUCCUCCCUCUUCUUUUCCUUUUUUCUUUUCUUUAUGUUUUCAAAUGCAUUAAAAGUAGUGGAAAACCCAAUUUACCUCCAUCCCCACCAAAGCUACCAAUCAUUGGCAACCUUCAUCAGCUUGGCUCACUCCCACACCGUUCUCUUCAUGCUCUCUCUAAGAAGUAUGGUCCUCUAAUGUUCUUAUACUUUGGCCAUGCACCAAGCCUUGUGGUAUCAUCUGCAGAUAUGGCAAGAGAAAUGAUGACAACACAUGACAUAGUUUUCUCACACAGGCCAAAAACCAUAGCUACCAAUUUCUUACUCUAUGGAUGCAUAGACCUAGCAUUCUCACCCUAUGGUGAAUAUUGGAGGAAAGUACGGAAAGUUUGUGUCCAUGAACUUUUGAGCCUCAAAAGAGUGCAAUCUCUCCACUAUGUAAGGGAAGAAGAAGUUGCUAUAUUGAUCAAUAAGGUACGUGACUCGUGCCUCAAAGGGAUUUCUAUUAAUCUAAGUGAGUUACUAAUUGAGACCGCUAACAACAUCGUUACUAGAGCUAUUUUUGGCAAAAAGUUUGAAGAACAGGAUGGUAUGGGCAAGCCUUCAGAACUACCAAGAAAGGUGAUGGUGCUAAUUGCGUCAGUUUUUUGGGGGGAUUUUUUCCCUUCUUUGGGUUGGAUUGAUAUUCUCACGGGACUUUUACCAAGUCUAAAAUCCACCGGUAGAGAAAUAGAUGCUUAUCUGGAUGAGGUGCUUGAAGAACACUACAAGACAGAGAAAUGUGAUGAUGAACAUCCUAAUAAAAAAGAUUUUGUGGAUAUUUUCCUCCAACUACAAAAGGAUGGCAUGCUUGGCUUUGAACUUCGUCAUGAGAACCUUAAAGCAAUCCUACUGAACAUGUUUAUAGGAGGCGGUGAUUCAACUUCAACAACUUUGGAAUGGGUAAUGGCAGAGCUCAUUAAAAAUCCAAGUAUUAUGAAAAGAGCACAGGAAGAGAUAAGAAGAGUUGUGGGCAAUAAGUCGAAGAUAGAUGUGGUUGACAUUAGUCAAAUGGAUUACAUGAAAUGUAUUAUCAAAGAAAGUCUAAGACUACAUACACCUCUUCCUCUUUCUGCACCUCGAGAGACAUCAGAAAGUGUAAAAUUUGGAGGUUAUGAUAUUCCGGCAAAAACAAGAGUAUUUGUCAAUGUAUGGGCAAUCCAAAGGGACCCUAAACUCUGGGAUAGGCCAGAAGAAUUCAUCCCAGAUAGAUUCAAAGACAACCCAAAUGACUUGAAAGGUCAAAACUUUGAAUUCAUUCCAUUUGGAGGUGGGAGAAAAGGGUGCCCAGGAUCGACAUUUGCUGUUGCUGCAGUGGAAUAUUUGCUUGCCAACCUUUUAUUCUGGUUUGAUUGGAGGUUGCCUACCACUAAUGCACAGGGAGAAGACUUGGACAUGACUGAAGUUAAUGCACUCACAGCGUUUAGGAAAAAUCCUCUCCAUCUUGUACCAAUACUGCACUCUUCUUAAUCUAUCCAAUUUAAUAGGAUUGUGCAGUUGUACUUGCAUUUUAUGUAAUUUUUCUUUGGACAAAACUUAGGUACAGUCGUUUAAGUGCUAUUCCUUAGAUUUCCCCUUCAAGAUUUAGCCAUAUGGCUACUUAACUAAAAAAAACACUUCCUUCACAUGAGAAAAAAUUCACAUGGCAGAAUCUUAAAAGGAAAACCUAAAGAACAGCACUUGAAUAUUGUACUUAAGUCUUACUCUUUUUCUUCAUUGUCUUUUUUUGCUCAAAGGGACUUCAAUUGUAAUAAUAAUUUUAGCUGUGGAAGUAUAUUUUAAUAAUAAAAAAUAUAGGGUAAAUUACGUAUUUGAUCCCUAACUUUAAAUCGUA